CUUCAUCCUCCAGGAACUGCCUGCAUACUCCCCCCACAUGAGGCCAGGCAUUGUCUGCACCAGGAGGAACGCAGGACCCACUGCACCAGGAGGAACCCAGAACCCACUGCACCAGGAGGAACCCAGGACCCACUGCACCAGGAGGAACCCGGGACCCACUGCACCAGGAGAACCCAGAACCCACUGCACCAGGAGGAACCCAGAACCCACUGCACCAGGAGGAACCCAGGACCCACUGCACCAGGAGGAACCCGGGACCCACUGCACCAGGAGGAACGCAGGACCCACUGCACCAGGAGGAACCCAGGACCCACUGCACCAGGAGGAACCCAGGACCCACUGCACC